AUGCAGUGGUCCAUCCUCCCUCUGGCAGGGCUGGUCGCCCGUGUGUACGCAGCAACGAACUGCACCGUGGCCCGCUUGACUGAGUUGCUUCCCGAAAACUCAACAGUCUUCUAUGCCAACGACUACCCAGCUCACUACAAUUUCACCCCACCAGUUAGCCUGAACUAUGGAUCAACUUCCAGCCCCAGGGGUAUCAGCGCCUAUGAGCUUCCCGUUGCUGCAUGCAUCGCCCAAGCGAACAUCACCCUGCCAAACAACACCCAGCAUAGUGUUGGCUUCGUUCUACCGGACGACUGGAACGGCCGCUUCCUCGCCAAUGGCAACGGUGAAUUCUCCGGCUCAAUUGGCUGGGACGCUAUCGUCUCUCUCUCCUGGUACGGCUUUGCUGUCGUUUCGUCUGAUCUUGGCCACGAGGGGAACAACGGUAGCUUCGGCUAUCACAAUGAACAGGCUCUGCAGAACUGGGGCCACGUUGCCCUCCACAAUGCCGUCGUGAAUGGCAAGACGUUAACGGAGGGCUAUUAUGGGAAGGAAAUUUCAUACUCUUACUACCGUGGCUGCUCUGCCGGUGGUAAGCAGGGUCUGAAGGAAGUCGAAGAAUAUCCCGAGGACUUCGACGGUGUCAUUGCUGGUGCUCCCGCAUGGUGGACCUCCCAUCAGCAGCUCUGGAACGUCCUAACAGCCAUCUGGAACCUCCCCGAAACGGCAGACUACCAUGUCACAAGUGAUCAGAUGUCUGCUGUUGCUGCCGAGAUUGUCAAGCAGUGCGAUCCCCAAGACGGCGUGAAGGACAAUAUCCUCCAGAAUCCCUUUGGGUGUGUCUUCGACAUUACCACCCUGGCUUGUAACUCGACGUCUAGCAACGAUACUUGCCUUACAUCCCCGCAAAUAGGCACAGUCAACAAGCUCUUCAACCCCUGGGUGGACGCGAACGACACCUUCAUUUUUCCCGGGUACACUCUUGGUACCGAAGUUGGCGCCCCAUCCCUCGACGCCGACUUCGUCACGUACAUCCAAUAUAUGCUCCAGCUUGGCGGCGACUGGACCUGGGAGGACUGGAACAGCCAAGAGCUGAUCGCACUCUCUGAGAAGCUCAACCCCGGGAAUGCGACCGCCGACAACUUCGACAUCUCUCCCUUCUACGAAAAGGACGGCAAACUGAUCCAUUAUCACGGAUACUCGGAUCCAAGCAUCGCAACGGGCUCCUCAUUCUACUUCUUCAACCACGUUGUGGAGGCCCUCAAGCCGAAGGGGAUCCCGAUUGAGUCAUUCUAUCGUUUCUUUCCCGUCCCGGGUAUGGAGCACUGCACGUUCUCGCCGGCGGAUCAGAACGCCCCGUACUAUUUCAACGGUGCGGACCAAAGCGGCUCGCUGAGUGGUACCUACUGGGGUGUGCCUGGCUUCAAUGAUUCGAAGCAUGACAUCGUUCUGGCGAUCAUGCACUGGGUGGAGAAUGGCACCGCGCCGGAUUAUCUUGUCCCUACGAAGUGGUGGAAUGAUGAUCCUGCUGAUGGCGUGGAGAUUCAAAGACCUAUCUGUCCUUAUCCCCAGCUCGCGCUGUACAAUGGUACUGGCAACACUAGCCUUCCGGAGAACUGGCACUGUGGGACUUUGUACUAG